AUGGCCCAGGAAGAAAAAAGUGAAGAACGGAAUAGAGAUGUGAGUGGCAAUAUGGCAGGCAGAGCAGAAGACUAUCUUGAAUCACUUCUCACUGAUGCCUUUAAGGGGAAAGGAUUUGAAAAAAUAAGCGAACUGCUUAAAGAGAGAGAAGUAGAGCCUCCCCAGAAAUACAGUGAAUCUCUUUUUAGCCAGCUAGACAAAGCACUGAGAAAGGAGCUGGACAAGAAUGAAUUCCAGAAUGUUUCACUGCUGCUGAAAUGUAUUCAGGUCUACUUUAAAAGUGAUUUCCAAGAAGGGAAGAGUUUGUUUAUUGAGCAAGGACUGGUAGCAAAGCUGGUAUCUUGGUUUGAAAGAGCAAGAGCAUCUGUGAUCCUCAUCGACCCAAAUGAGAAUAAAUUUUUUGAAGACUUCUUUGACACUGCAUUGGUGAUUUGCAAAUGCAGCAAUGAAGGGAAGAAAGAUCUGCUGAAUUUAUUUUUACCUGAGCUAGGGCAUCUAGUGACAGAAGCAAAUCUUUGCUUCACUCUGCAUCUGGAGGCUUUGAGGACCCUUAACUCUAUACUCGACAAUGUCACACGGGAAGAGAGAAAGCAAUUCCCUCUGUCUGAGGAAAUGUGCUCGCUCACGAAAGACCUUGCCAAAACUAUUCUGGAGGUUGGUGAUUAUGACCUCCAGGUUGCCCUUUCAGAAGCACUUUGUAGGUUAAUGAUAAAAAAAUGGAGAGAUGACCUUGUUCACCACUGGUUUGAAGAUAACUAUCUUGCUGAAGCUUUCAAAGAGAUCAAGGACAGAGAAUUUGAGACGGACUGCAGAAAAUUUCUUAACCUGCUGAAUGAAAGGCUUGGGAAUGAAAGAAGAGUGUAUUCUUUUCCAUGCAUAUCUGCUUUUGCUGACACGAAGGAGGUGAAGAAACCAUCAGAUGAAAAACUGGAGGAGUUUUGGAUUGACUUCAACACUGGCAGCCAGAGUGUGACUUUCUAUGUGGAUAGUAACGAGGGCUUUCUUUGGGACUCUGUGAGGCUGUCAAAAGAAGCUGUCAGCAGUUACAGGCUGGAGGAGGAUGGUGGACAAAAGAUUGUUAAAAUUCUUAUGAAGAAACCUGCUGCUCUUACCAAAACAGAAGCAACAAAAAUCAAACUGAUUUUCAAUGCUGAGUUUGAAAUCUUAGGUGUACUUAAAAAAGUCCUGGGUGAUGAAAAAUUUGUGCAGAUAAAUGAGACUGAAGAGAAGUCUGUCCAUGCUGGGAAGCAAACCAGGGAGAAUGAAACAGUGAUAGCUGAGUCUUCUAAUGCACAAAGGAGGAAAGAUCCCUCAAAUUCUGAAAACAUGGAGACUUUAUCAGACAACUUAACCUCUGAGAAGAGCCAGCAGUUAACACACACAGUAGCAGUAAGUAAAAUGGUGAACUCUGGUGUUGCCGUGGUUACAGUGAGCCAGCAAACUGACCUGGAAGAUGCUAACCAAGGCUCAGGUCAGGCUUCAGUUCCUAAAGCUAAAGCUAUAGUUUCUUUGCCUUCUUCAGCAAAAAAGUCCAAAACUCCAUCUCCAGGAAUGAAAGCUAAGCCUAGUGAGAAGCCCCUAGAAGAAGAAUCCAGGGAGGAGGAAACAUCAAAGCUCCUGGAACUCCCUCUUUUUCCAAAGGAUGUUGCCUGGGAAAAGAGAAACAGGAAAAGAAGUUUGGCCAAGCAAAGGGCUGAAGACAGGAAGGAAGUCUUUGACUUUGAAAACUCAGACUCUUCAAGUCAUGAAAAGGUUGCUGAAGCCAAAGGAAAGAUUCUUGGUCAGAAAGCUUCUUCACAAAAUCAGAGGACUUAUGAAGUAAAAAACAAGAACAAGGAAUCAAACAAUCUCGAGAGAAGGCAGUCCAGUUACAGGAAACAUCUUUUUUCGGAAAGCAACAAUGAAAAUACAAGCACUGGUCAGAGUGAAAAAAGCUGGAUCCUUGACUCUCAGAUACAGUCGGUGCCAAAAUCUGUUGACUAUACCCGAAAAAGAACAAGGGUGAGAAGUAAAUUGAAAGUGCUUCCAAUGUCUUCCGCAAGUAGUGGCAGUGACUACGCGUCAAAGAAGGGGGGAGAAUCAAGGAAAAGAAUUAAAAAGGAGAUGCAAAGGGAAAAAAGCAGAUUUAGCGCCAAGGGAGGUGAUUUACCUACAGUGGAUCAUGCUGAUGAAACGCUCUCAAAAGAGCCCAAAGAGGAUUCACUAUCACCAGGUGUGUCUGCCAGGGGCUAUUCCAGUGAUGUGGAGAAGGCUGUGCAGAAGUUACGUGAAGCACCUGGAAAUUUGACUAGAGAAGAAGAAAGUACUAAGCGGAAGGACUCAGAUACAUUAGAAAGCACUGUCAUAAAAAAGCUUAAAUUUUCCAGCUGGGAGACAAAUCAUUCAUCUUCUGACACUAACUAUAAACCAAGGAAAAUUUUUGAUUCAGUAGAAGAGGAAGCAGAGAUCCAAAAAGGUCAGGAAAUGGAUGAUAGUGUGGGUGAUGUGUUUUUUUCCAAGAUGCAACAUGAAGACUUCAGUCAUUCAGGAGUGAUUCCUGCAUUUGAAAGCUUUGUUGACCAGCUGAAGAAACUGUUCUGGGCCCGGUACAAAAGGAUGGAGAUCAGCACACAGAAUGCCCUGAGGUCUUCGGAGAAGAACUUAUCUGCCCUGCUGAACCAGAUACACCAGUGCAGGCUUAAUAAACUUGAGACCUUCCAGAAGAUUGUUGUUGACGAGCUUUCCAGUCUUGAGAAGGAAACUCAAAUUUUGGCAAACAUGGAGAAGGAUGCAGUGGACUUCUGGAAUGCACAUCUGCUCAAGCUGAAUUCUUUCUGCAACCAGCAAAAACAAAGAAUUGAGUCUGUUGACUCAGCCGUGGGUGAAUCAGUGAAGAGUUUUGCCGACAAUAUCCAGAAUACAACAUACGAACAUCCAAUGAAGAAGGCAGAAGAAAGCAAUGUGUUCAUGGUUCCUUCUGACUAGCAACCCCCUGAAUUCAUUAUUACUCUUAAAUUUUGAACACCUUGUGUAUGCAGCAUAGAGAAGAUGGUUCUGUGAAGGAUAUCAAUUUGUUUUAAAUGCAAAGAAAAAAGGGGAGGAAAAAAACAUCGACAUUGAGCCUUUUUUUUUUUUUUUGCCUAAAAAGAAUAUACACUGCUAAGUGGUCCAGUUAUGAUCCCUGUGUUGAUAACAACUUUUUCUGAAAAGUUGCAAGAUGGGUCCCUUACAUAUAAAAGAAAUUUAAAAAAAUAUCUAAAGAUAAUGAUUUGUCCACCAAAUGGAUGGAUAUUCUGCUUUACUUUGAGUGUUCUGCUGAUUGAUUCUAAGUAAAAUAUUGUUUGCAUAGAAUAACAGUCUUGUUUUCUUCAAAAUGAUGCACUGUGCAUGGCU